AUGAGCCGCAUGUCCCCCGCCGAUUUUGCCAGGAUGCAGCAGCAGGUGAUGUCCAAUCCUAACCUGGUGAAGCAAGCAACCGAGAGCAUGAAAAACAUGACAACCCAGGACUUCAAACGAGCCGCUCAUCAGCUAAAUCAGACUACGCCAGAGGAGUUACGUCGCAUGACUGAAAAUAUCGCCAGCGCCAAGCCCGAGGAGUUUGCCGCCAUGAAGGCCCAGGCUGAUGCACAGAUGUCGUACGCCAUAUCCGGUGCCAAGAUGUUAAAGGCGCAGGGGAACGAGCUUCAUAGCCGUGGGCAGUACAUCGAUGCUGCUGCUAAGUACAAGCGUGCCAAGGACAACCUGAAGAACGUGCCAUCGGCAGCUGGGCAAACUCUGCAGCUGCAGUGUGCCCUUAAUCUAAUGUCUUGCUACCUGAAAUCAGGCAGGUUUGAGGAGUGCGUAUGUGAAGGUUCGGAAGUUCUUGCAUAUGACUCGAGCAAUGUUAAAGCGUACUACCGUAGGGGACAGGCUUACAAGGAACUAGGAAACCUGGGAGCUGCUGUUGCUGACCUGAGUAGAGCCCAUGGAAUCUCCCCGGAGGAUGAAACUAUUGCCGAGGUUCUGAGAGACACUCAAGGAAAGCUUCUUGCAACCGAAGAGGGAGUAAAGCUGCCAAGGGGAGUUGUUAUUGAAGAAAUUGUAGAAGAAGAAGAUAACUUCCAGCCUUCGUCUCCGCAGAACGUUGUUGUGGAGAAACCUGAUGAAAUAGACCAAAAUAUGGACCAGCUGUCGCUAGGUUCUCCGCCUUCUGCAACUGAUGUGAAAGACGUCAUGAGAACUUUCAUGGAAGACCCUGCAACGCAACAGGUGCUCACAUCCAUGCUGAAAAACAUGAGUCCGGAUAUGAUGGCCGACAUGAGUAGGCAGUUUGGUUUGAACCUGACGACAGAGGAUGCUGCCAAGGCCCAACAUGCUAUAUCACAGUUAUCUCCGGAACGUUUGCACAAAAUCAUGAAGUGGAUGGACAGAGCACAGCGAGGACUAGAAGCCGCAAAGAAGGCAAAGAACUGGCUCAUAGCCAGGAAAGGCUUGAUCAUCGCUGUUGUCUUGCUGAUCGUGGCCUUCAUCCUCCAGCGGCUUGGUUUCAUUUGUAGGUGA